CUUAGUCUUCAGGAAGCCAGCUCCUCCUCUUUGCAAGACUCCUGAUGCCCCUUCGAUCCAGGAAUGAUCCUUUGUUCCUUUCUGUGCCCUCGCUGACCACUUCCUUUGUGCUCAGGUGCCACCAUGAAGUCUGACCACUGCUGACAGGCAGCCACACAGCACUGAAGUGAUAAUCUGUCUUGGACCUACACAUCCCAGAAAGGGGGACACCAUGGCUUCUAACAGCGCUGAGACCCAGCUCCAGAGGAUCAUCCGUGAUCUACAAGAUGCAGUGACAGAACUAAGCAAUGAAUUUAAGGAAGGAGGAGAGCCAAUCACAGAUGACAGCACCAGCUUGCACAAGUUUUCUUAUAAGCUUGAGUAUCUUCUGCAAUUCGAUCAGAAGGAGAAGGCUAGCCUCCUGGGUAGCAAGAAGGACUAUUGGGAUUACUUCUGUGCGUGCCUAGCCAAGGUGAAGGGGGCAAAUGAUGGGAUCCGAUUUGUCAGGUCCAUCUCUGAGCUCCGAACAUCUCUGGGAAAAGGCAGAGCUUUCAUUCGCUACUCUUUGGUACACCAGAGGUUGGCAGACACUUUGCAGCAGUGCUUCAUGAACACUAAAGUGACCAGUGACUGGUAUUAUGCAAGAAGCCCCUUUCUGAAGCCAAAGCUGAGCUCUGACAUUGUGGGACAACUAUAUGAGCUGACUGAGGUUCAGUUUGAUCUAGCAUCAAGGGGCUACGACCUGGAUGCCGCCUGGCCGACAUUUGCCAGGAGGACACUGGCCACCAGCUCUUCUGCUUACAUGUGGAAACCCCCCAGCCGAAGUUCCAGCAUGAGCAGUUUAGUGAGCAACUACUUGCAGACUCAAGAGAUGGCCUCCAGUUUUGACCUAAACAGUUCUCUAAAUAAUGAAGCACUAGAAAGUUUUGAUGAGAUGCGGCUAGAGCUGGACCAGUUGGAGGUUCGGGAGAAACAGCUACAAGAACAUGUGCAGCAGCUAGACAGAGAGAACCAAGCACUUCGAGUGAUGAUCAGCAGGCAAGGGGAGCAGCUUCAGGUAGAAAAGGAGAAGGGGUACCCUACAGUGGAGGAUAGCAUUGGCCUCAUGAGCCUAGUGGCAGAGCUCCAGAAGCAGAGGGAAGUCACUGUGGCUACAGUAAAGAAGCUACAGACAUGUCUGCAGGCCUUGGAGCUGAAUGUAGACAAGAAAGAGAACAGCCACUUAGCCCUGCAGCUUGAGACCAUGGCACAGGAGCUUGAGGCUGUGAGAAACUCUCUGGGUAGGAAUAGCCAGCUUCUAGCCAGCCUUUCAGAUUGCCUAGCCAGGACUGAGAAAGCAGCAAAUCCAGCUCUGGACACAAAGUUUCAUCAAGAGCCAGUUCCUGCCGACAUGACCCUGAAGUUCCAGGAACUGAAGGGAAAACUUGAAGUCCUAGAAGGAGAAAACACCAAGGCCCAGGAACUAAAUAAGCAGCAGAGUAUUAAGCUAGAGCAGCUGGCCAAGGAACUAGAGCUGAAGGAGGAGGCCCGGGCUGGCCUAGAGAACUUAGUGAAGGAUGUGGCCCCACUUCAGGAAGAGCUAGCUGGGAAGAAGCAAGAGUCAGCGCAGCUCCGGCGACAGCUACAGGAAUCCCUGGGCCACUUGAGCUCUGUGGAAGAGGAGCUGGCAGAAGCUAGGCAGCAGGAAAAGCAGCAUCGAGAAGAAAAGCAGCUGCUAGAACAGGAGGCCAAGUCUCUAACAUGGCACCUACAGCUUCUAGAGACCCAAUUAGCACAGGUGAGUCAGCUUGUGAGUGACCUGGAGGAGCAGAAGAAGCACCUUAUGCAGGACAGAGACCAUCUCAGCCAGAAAGUGAGCACACUAGAGCAGCUAGCUGAGGUGCAUGGGGCCAACAAGAACAGGGAGGCUCUGGCCUUCCUAAGCUCUGUCCCACCACAGACUGGGGAGAUGCCAGAAGAGAAGCAGCAAUACCUCCAGGAAGAACAGCUAAACAAUACCACAGUGCCAGGGGGAGAUCAGGAGGAAUUGCAAAAGGUCAACCAGGAGCUACAGAAGGAGCUGCAGAACAUGGCUGUGCGCAACCAGCUCCUAGAAGGAAAACUUCAAGCCUUGCAAACAGAUUACAAGGCACUGCAGCAGCGAGAGACAGCCAUCCAGGGUUCCUUAGCCUCCCUGGAAGCUGAGCAGGCCAGCAUCCGGCACCUGGGAGACCAAAUGGAAGCAAGCCUCUUGGCUGUGAGGAAAGCCAAAGAGACUAUGAAGGCCCAGGUGGCAGAGAAGGAGGCUGCCCUGCAGAGUAAGGAGGGUGAGUGCCGGCGGCUGCAGGAAGAGGCAGAUCAGUGCCGGCUUCGGACAGAGGCUCAAGACCAGGAGCUCAGGGCUCUUGAGAACCAGUGCCAGCAGCAGAUUCAGCUGAUUGAGGCACUCUCUGCAGAAAAAGGCCACCAGGGACUCAGCCUACCCCAACUCAACACAGCCCAACUGGCCCUGUCUCAAGCACAGCUAGAAGUUCACCAGGGAGAGGCCCAGCGGUUACAGAAUGAGGUGGUGGACCUCCAGGCCAAGCUCCAAGUGGCCUUAGGUGACCGAGACAAGUUACAGAGCCAGCUGGGUGUGGCUGAGGCAGUCCUGAAGGAGCACAAGACCCUGGUGCAACAACUGAAAGAGCAGAAUGAAGCCCUCAAUAGGGCCCAUGUUCAGGAACUGCUACAGUGCUCAGAGCGAGAAGGGAUACUGCAGGAGGAGAGCAUCUACAAGGCCCAGAAGCAGGAGCAAGAGCUACGAGCCCUGCAGGCAGAGCUGUCACAGGUGAGGUGCAGCUCUGAGGGAGCCCACCUGGAGCAUGCAGAGUUACAGGACCAGCUGCACCGAGCCAACACAGACACAGCUGAGCUUGGCAUACAGGUCUGUGCCCUGACAGCUGAGAAGGAUCGGAUGGAAGGGGCCCUGGCCAGCUUGACCCAGGAGCUCCAGGACUCCAAAGAGGCAGCACUACAAGAACAAAAGGGCUUGGAACUUCAAGUGAUGGGACUACAGCAAGAGAAGGAGAGCUUGCAGGAAAAGCUAAAGGCAGCUGAAGAAGCAGCUAGUUCAUUCUCUGGUCUACAGGCACAGCUGGCUCAGGCUGAGCAGCUGACUCAGAGCCUCCAAGAGGCUGCACACCAGGAGCGAGAUGCCCUCAAGUUCCAGUUAAGUGCUGAGAUCAUGGAUCACCAGAACAGAUUGAAGACAGCCAAUGAAGAGUGUGGGCGCCUCAAGGCCCAACUAGAAGAGCAAAGCCAGCAGCUGCAAAUGACUCAGGAGGCUGUGCAGGAACUGAAGGUCACCAAGGCAGCCAUGGAGGAGAAACUAAACUGUACCAGCAGCCACCUUGCAGAGUGCCAGGCCACUUUGCAGCACAAAGACGAAGAAAGCACUACUCUUCGAAUAAGCCUAGAAAGAACUCAGAAGGAACUUGAAAAGGCCACAUCAAAAAUCCAAGAAUAUUACAACAAACUCUGCCAGGAGGUAACAAACAGGGAAAGAAAUGACCAGAAGUUGCUUGCAGACCUAGACGACCUGAACAGAACCAAGAAAUACCUUGAGGAACGGCUGAUAGAGCUGCUCAGGGACAAAGAUGCUCUCUGGCAAAAGUCUGAUGCACUGGAAUUCCAGCAAAAGCUUAGUGCUGAAGAGAAAUGUCUUGGGGACGUGGAGGCCAACCACUGCCAUGACUGCAAGCGGGAGUUCAGCUGGAUAGUGCGGCGGCACCACUGCAGGAUAUGUGGCCGAAUCUUCUGUUACUACUGCUGUAACAACUAUGCUGUGACUAAGCCCAGUGGCAAGAAGGAACGCUGCUGCCGAGCCUGCUUCCAGAAGUUUGGCGAAGGCCCUGGAUCCCCUGAUAGCAGUGGUUCUGGCACAAGCCAGGAAGAGCCUUGCCCCAUGGUUUCACCAGCUGAAGCAGGCCCCCAGGCCAUAGGAAACCCAGGAGCAAAUUCAGUCUGCAGACCACCAGAUGAUGCUGUGUUUGACAUCAUCACUGAUGAGGAAUUGUGCCAGAUCCAAGAAUCUGGCUCCUCUUUGCCUGAAACACCCACUGAAACUGAUUCAAUGGACCCAAAUAUGACUGAACAAGAUACCACAUCAAACUCACUAACCCCUGAAGACACUGAAGACAUGCCAAUGGGGCAGGAUGCUGAAAUCUGCUUGCUGAAGUCAGGAGAGCUGAUGAUCAAAUUACCCCUCACAGUGGAUGAGAUCACCAGCUUUGGAGAGGGUAACAGGGAGCUGUUUGUGAGAUCCAGUACCUACAGCCUGAUCCCCAUCACUGUAGCUGAGCCUGGCCUCACUAUCAGCUGGGUCUUCUCUUCUGACCCCAAGAGCAUCUCCUUCAGUGUGGUCUUCCAAGAGACAGAAGACACACCGCUUGACCAGUGCAAGGUCCUCAUUCCCACCACUCGGUGCAAUUCCCACAAGGAGAGUAUCCGGGGCCAGCUAAAGGUCCGAACUCCUGGCAUCUACUUGCUUAUCUUUGACAACACCUUUUCCAGAUUUAUCUCCAAAAAAGUAUUCUACCACCUGACUGUUGACCGGCCUGUGAUCUACGAUGGAAGCGAUUUCCCAUAGCAUCAGUACCUGAACUUUGAUAGCUCUUCAGCAUCCACAGGAAACACUACUACUCUUCACCCAUCCCAUUAAACAUAUACUCUCACACACAAAAAAUUUUAAAAAUUAAAAAAUUAGAAACAAAGUAAAGAAAAUCAGCUGUACCACAGCUCACCAGCUCUGGCAGAGGCCUUGGGCUGCACCUUAGAAACUACUCUCCCAAGAUUCACAGGGUACUUGGUUCCAUGCAGCCAUCACUCUCAGUUCCCAGGGCUCCUAAGGACCAGAUAUGAGACUCAGCUAUCUUCUCACCCAAAGGGACACCUUGCCAAAUGUUUAUACUCUAGGGAUACCAUUGGCCUCACUUGGGAUCACAGUUAGUAACAAUCUGCUGUGGUAUUUUUCAAGUCAAGAUUGACUUUGUGAAUCCUUUGAUAGUCCCCGGAGAGAAGGAGGCCAUAGGGCCAUAAUGUGAGAGAUACCCCUUCCCCUUAAUUUAUCCAUAAAUAGAGGCUGCUUCUCCUACUCAGCUAUUUGGGGGAGACCUGAGCUGUGCUGUCUUUCUGAGCCUUUGUGUGUUCUGGGUCUUUGCUCAGCCUGGCCACUCAGCAGCUCUAAAUUCUCUCUCUCUCU